AUGUCUAAUAGUGAAGUAUUAAAUCAGAAUGAUGAAAGAACAUUUACAGUUAACUUUAAAAAUCAAGUAGAAGAUGGUUUAAUAACUAGUCAAUCUCUCAUUGAUUUUCUUAAAGAUAAAGUUAAGAUCAGAAACAGAAAAGAAGUAGCAAUGAAUGAAAUUGCAUAUGUUGAUAACGAAACCGGUAUUAACAUUGUAACGAAAAGAGAGAACCUUCAUAAGCAAAAUUUAAAGAAGUAUUUGCAGAGAUUCCUUAAAACUAAGGGUUAUGGUCAGUUUUGUAGAGUUUCUGGUGAUGGUAGUGAUUUGAUUGAAUUUCAAUACAGAAAUGUUCAACAGGAAGAAACUAAUGAACAAUAA